ACACUCCUCGUUGUCCUGCACUCCUGCUAGCUUAGCUAGGCUGAGGCCACGAUGGCGUCGACCACCUCGUUCUUCCUCCCCGUUGUCCUGCUCGUGGCAGCAGCCGCGGCGCCGGCGCGGUCCUCGCCGCACCCGCCGCCCCGGUGCCCGCCGAGCGACCUGCACGCGCUGCUCAGCGUGAAGCAGUCGCUGGGCAACCCGGCCACACUGUCGACGUGGUCCCCGGCGUCGGGCGACUGCUGCAAGUGGGACCACGUCCGCUGCGACGAGGCCGGGCGCGUGAACAAUGUCUUCAUCGACGGCGCGGACGACGUGCACGGCCAGAUCCCGUCCGCGGUGGCGGGCCUCACGGCGCUCAUGUCGCUGUCCCUCUUCCGCCUCCCGGGGCUCACGGGAGCCAUCCCGCCCUGCCUCACCGCGCUCUCCAACCUACAGUUCCUCACCAUCUCCCACACCAACGUCUCCGGCACCAUCCCGGAGUCCCUGGUGCGGCUCCGCAUCCUCGACUCCGUCGACCUUUCCAACAACCGCCUCACGGGCUCCAUCCCCAACUCCUUCGCCGACCUCCCCAACCUCCGGUCGCUGGACCUCCGCCACAACCAGCUCACGGGCUCCAUCCCGGCCGGGCUCGUGCAGGGCCAGUUCCGGUCGCUGAUCCUGUCCUACAACCAGCUCACCGGCCCGAUCCCCCGCGACGACGCGCAGGACGAGAUCAACACUGUGGACCUCUCCCACAACCGGCUCACCGGCGACGCGUCCCACCUGUUCGCGCCGGGCCGGCCCAUCGGCAAGGUCGACCUCUCGUGGAACAACCUCGACUUCGACCUCAGCAAGCUCGUGUUCCCGCCGGAGCUGACGUACCUCGACCUGUCCCACAACCGCAUCAGGGGCACCGUGCCGGCGUCGCUGGCCCGGCUGUCCACGCUGGAAAAGCUGGACCUCAGCUACAACCACCUCUGCGGGCCGCUCCCGAAGAUGCACGGCGUGAUCCGCCACGGGUGCAAGCCGUACGAGCACAACCAGUGCCUCCGCGGGGCGCCGAUCGAGACCUGCCACCGGUUGUGAGGGCCGAGGGAGCUCGUCGGCGGCGCCGUUGGCGCACGCGUAUACUUGCUGGUGUUUUCCGCGUACGUGGUUUGUAUACGUAGCACGACGGUGCUUGGUGUUUAGCUAGACAAAAGUACUGAGCAGCGGUAAUACUGCCUAUGCGCGCGGUUGAUCUUAAUUAAGCGUGUACGAAACGACAGCUGAGUACGGUGUGCCGUCUGGAGUGUGUUAUGUACUGUGUUUGGUAUGGAUCCGACCUAAUGUAUCAAAAAUGCUAAAAUGGUAGUUAUAUUUGCACGAUUCCUAAACUACAGAU